AUGGUGCGUGGAUCUGCGGCAGAUCGCUUCAACAUCAACCGGCAGUGGGAGCACCUACAGGCCAAAUAUGUGGGAACGGGCCACGCUGACACGACCAAAUUUGAGUGGGCAGUGAACCAGCAGCGCGACACACUGGCGUCUCACUUGGGUCACUCAGACAUGCUAGCGUACUUCGCUGUGGCGGAGAACGAGUCCAUGGGCCGUGUGCGCUACAACAUGUUGGAAAAAAUGCUCCAACCUUGCGGACCACCACCACAAAAGGAAGAGGAAUAG